AUGGACCUUCACAAGGAAGUCACUGCUGCUAGGUUAACCGAUGAUCUAGUAGUCGAUAUCCUCUCUCGGCUGACGUACAAGUCUUUCUGCCGCUGCAAAUGUGCCUAUAAGGCCUGGUCCGCCUUCUCUGCUGAUCCAGACUACUGCAAGAAGCUGCCCAAAAAAGUAACCACUGGCCUUUUGUACCAAGGCCACAAUAAGUCUGCAAUCCCGCUUGUUAGCCUGUCCCAAGAUGAUGGAGAAAUCGAUGGAAUUCUUUCUGACGUGCCACAAUAUGAGCAUUUAGAAUUUCUUGACUGCUGCAAUGGUCUUGUUCUCUGUAAGUACAGGAGCAGCUAUACCUCUCCAGGCAUUUGUCGCUUUGUUGUGUGCAACCCAGCAACACGAGAGUGGAGGAUACUUCCUGACACUCAUGUUGGAACUGAUAGCCGUCGUGAUGCAACUAUUUUGGCAUUUGAUCCUUCAUGGUCACCACACUUCUAUGUCUUCAACUUUAAUCAGCAUUACCACAGUCCGAUGAGCAAACUUGAGAUCUUUUCUGAUGGGUCCAUGUGGCUUGUGGAUGAUAAAUGGGAUUCUUAUGUAAGUGUUUGUUGGAGAUCUCACUUAUUUCUUGAUGGAGUGUUGUAUGCGGAGACUACUGGACAAGACGUUUUGGUGUUUGGAGCCUUGAAGUUAAUGCGUGAUGGCAAACUUCCCUAUCAUCAGAUCAUUGAGAAGCCAUCUGACACUUUUUAUGUGGGUACUUUUACCCAUGGUUGCUUUGGCAAAUCUUUAGGGAACUUACACUAUGCGAUGCCAGAUGUGAGUGGUCACUCAAUCGUGAUUUGGACUCUAGAUGAAUAUGCUCAUGAUUGGUAUGUGAAGUGUCAUAUUAGUAUGACAGAUGCAUUUGGAAGGGAUGACUUUGUUUACUAUGACAAUGGUGGCGAUGGUGGUGACCUCCACUGGUUUUGGAACUGUGAUUACUGGAUUCUUGCUCUCAAUUUGGAGAGAGACCUUGUUUUCCUCUCUGACCAGAAGACAAAUAAGCUUCUUUCUUACAACAUCAGCACCAGGGAACUCAAUGAGAUACGAGACCACUUUGAGUGGUUUCAAUACCAUGUCUAUGUACCAUGCUACUCAAAACUUCCAGCUCAAGAAUCUUCUGUGUAG